UGAUCUGGGCGGUACAAAGUUGUUCUGCAUCCACCCACUUGCCGUAGCCGGCACGCAAGGCCUAGCAGGCCAUAACAAGAGAAGGCUUUAUCACAAUACUGUAUUGCUUGUUCGUACUAUAUACAGCCGCUGUUCCCUCGGCACGCAGCCAACCACCCUCCUCUUCCGUCCAGCUGCCUGCUGGCCUUCCUUCAACACACUGCAUACCCUCAGCGCCUGGCGGCAAAGUCAUGCGCGAUUACGACCAAGCAACUGCUUUCUUGGGGGAGUGGGGUCCGUUCCAACUCACCAUUUUCUUUCUGCUCAGCGCUAGUAUUGUCCCCAAUGGUUUCACGGGUCUGUCAGCUGUCUUUCUGGCAGCUACCCCGGAGCAUCAUUGCCUGGUCCCAGAUAGCGCUAACCUGAGUCAGGCAUGGAAGAAUGUGAGCGUCCCCUGGGAAAUGAAGGAUGGAGUGCAGGUUAGGAGCCCCUGCCGAAGGUACCGGCUGAACACCCUCGGUAAAUACUCUGCCGAGGGACUGCUCCCUGGCAAGGACGUCAAUGUGAGUGAGAUAGAGCUGGAGAAAUGUCUGGAUGGAUGGACUUACAGUCAGGAAUUUUACAUCUCCACCAUAGUAACAGAGUGGGACCUGGUUUGUGAAAAUGACUGGAAAGGGCCCUUAACUACCUCGCUAUUUUUUGUGGGAGUUCUCAUUGGUUCCUUUGUAUCAGGACAGAUGUCAGACAGGUUCGGCAGGAAAAAAAUUCUUUUUGCCACUAUGGCUGUACAGACUGGCUUCAGCAUAGUUCAAGUUUUCUCUGUGAACUGGGAGAUGUUUACUGGUUUAUUCCUAAUUGUUGGCAUGGGACAAAUUUCCAAUUAUGUGGCUGCUUUCAUACUUGGUGCAGAAAUACUAGGAAAGUCUGUUCGCAUUAUAUUCUCCACAUUAGGUGUCUGCAUAUUCUAUGCUAUUGGCUACAUGCUGCUGCCUUUGUUUGCCUACUUCAUAAGAGAAUGGCGGAUGCUACUUCUGGCUCUAACUGUCCCAGGGAUUUUCUGCAUUCCUCUUUGGUGGAUAAUUCCAGAAUCGCCCAGAUGGCUCAUAUCUCAGGGCAGAAUUGGGGAAGCAGAAGACAUCAUACAGAGGGCGGCCAAGAAAAAUGGUAUCACUGCACCAGAAAUAAUAUUUAAUGUUGCAGAGAUGCAGUAUCUAAAAGAUCAAUCUCACAAAACUCACACAUUUCUAGACUUACUGAAGACCAAGAAUAUCCGCAUAAUCACGCUUUUAUCUAUUUUGCUUUGGAUGAUCAUAUCUGUAGGAUACUUUGGCUUAUCCCUCAACACCCCCAAUUUGCAUGGUGAUCCUUACGUCAACUGUUUCCUCUCUGCCAUUACCGAAGUUCCUGCUUAUAUUAUAGCAUGGCUGCUCCUCCGAAACUUUCCUCGCAGGUACUCUACGUCAAGCACACUGUUUCUGGGUGGAGUUGUUCUUCUCUUCAUACAGCUAGUCCCUCCAGAAUUUGGGAUCCUGUCCAUCGUGCUAGUUAUGCUGGGAAAGUUUGGAAUUACAUCAGCUUUCUCCAUGGUCUAUGUGUACACUGCUGAGCUCUACCCAACUGUAGUGAGAAACAUGGGUGUUGGCGCCAGUUCAAUGGCCUCCCGCUUGGGCAGCAUCUUAUCUCCUUACUUUGUUUACCUUGGUGCCUAUGACAAGUAUCUGCCUUUUAUCCUCAUGGGUAGCCUUACAGUCUUAAUUGGUGUCUUUACCCUGUUUCUCCCUGAAAGCCAUGGCAUGCCUUUGCCAGAUACCAUUGAAGAAAUGCUCAGAGUGAAAGGAUUUAGGUAUAAAGCAGGAACAAGACUUCCAAAAAAGAAUAAAGGAAAUCACAAGAUACUUUCAAACACAGCAUUGUAGGGCAAAGCUUAACAAACCUGAGGGAAAUUUUGGGGAGACUUAACGCCUGAAGUGAACAAACACAUAGCAGAGCCUAUACCUCAA